CACCUUCACAAACUGCCCUACAGAUGAAACACAGAUCCAUGGAACCAACAUCACCAGUUGCAGAAAGGACAAAAAUUAGAACAACUGAAUACAACAAGAGCACCAUCUGCUCACAGGCUCCACGUAUGACAGAGUUGCUGGGAAAAAGUUUGAAUUUAUAGUUGGAGCUGUAAGAAAAUAUUAAACCAGAGUCACAGAACACUACCGAACAGAAGACGAACUACAGAGAUUUUGCAGAAACAGCUUAAUUUGAGCCAGAGGAAAGUCUGUGACAACAAAGGAAUGGAUGUAAAUAAACCCCAUAACAAAUGUAGCUUUUCAGUAUGGGAAGUUGCCACUUAGCAUGCAAUCAUCAGACAAACAGAAAUGCAGCACAUCUGUAAGUAAGCUAUUUGCCUGUGCAGAUGUCUGAUAACAGCGUAACGUUUUGCUUAUCUCAGUAUAUGCUUGCAAUUCUUAAUCCACUGACCAAAAAUCAGUAGUUGUACAUCACGGAAAAUAACUACAUAGUCAGGCUUAUCUUAAUGCAACUUCAAUCUUCAAAUAUUUCACCUUCAUAGAUAAAAAAAAUAACUCUUAUAGAGAAAGAUACAUUACAUUUAAAAAUGCACAAAGGCUUGAUUUACAGAAUAUUUAGAUCUCAGGGAAAAAAAGACUCGGUAAAAUCUUUACUAAUCAUUAAGGACUGCUUUCUUGCACUAAACAACAAUUUGAACCACUUCUCUUCAUUUGGAAAAGCGAGAAUAAGCAGGCUGGAAUUGUCAGGAACAAUCACCAUACAAACCCAAGGCUGAUGCAAUGUAUUAGGGCUCAUUUAUCAUCACUGCAAAACAGCUCCCAUUGAGAAACAUGUGCCACCACCAUGUAAGUGUGCAGACCAGCCACCCAAUGUCCUGUCUACCCUUCUCUGACAGUUUCUGCCCCUUGGUGGGGCACAGGGAGUCUUCAGGACUGAUAUCCAACUUCCUAAAACAUUAAAACACAGUUCACACAUGUCAGCACUCAGUCUUGGAGCUAAUGCAUCUCCUAUAACCUGUCAGCACAAAUCAAGGACUUCACAAAGCCUCCUGUGCACAGAUUUCGCUGUUGUACACUCCAGCAUCAAAAACACGGUGCUGUUAUUUCCCUAGAACCAGCAUGCAGCCACUUCACUGCAUGCUUUCAGCACCUGCUUGGGGGCCAGGAGGGACGUGCAAGAUUCCCAACACACUGCCCACAUUUCUUGCACCCACAUGUGGAGAGAAAGUGGCAAUUAUCUGGCAGAUGCCUCUCCUGAUGAGCUGGAGUGUUCAAACAGUAGGUACUGCAGCUCUCUGUGUACCACACGGAUGUCACUGACGCUGCACACAGGCACACAGUACCCGCCUCUUCAGUUGGGAGCAGCAUCAAGAUAUAGGAGAAAACAUGAUGACUCUGCCUUGGAAAUCAGCACCAUGCAAUGAACCACCUCAGCUUUACGUAGUCCUGGUGCAUGACCAGAAGUCAGGGCAGGCAGCUAGGGACACAUCAGGAUGAUGACAGUGAGAAAGGCCACCUUCACCUCUGCCAUUCCGGGGGCUCUGCCCUCUCUGCCCAACAUUACUGUUGACAUCUGCACGCACAUCUACAGCACAGUGUAGCCACUCCACACAAACAAAAAUCCAGAAGGCAUGCCUGUCUUCACAGAUGUGGUAAUUUUUCCUUUGUCAGUAGAGAAAGUAGUUCUUCCUGACAGAGAACAAAAGGAAGACAGAAAGGCAACAAAAAACAUAAUUAAGUAACUUGGGUGAUACAUGAAAAUCGGGAAGGAAACGACACACCACUGCCAGCAGAAAAAGUCUCUUCUUUUUACACAUUUCCUCGCUGUUAGAACUUUGCUCCAGGCUCCUGUCUACAAAGGAACCAGAUAAUCAUAAUCAGAGACCCUCCUGCUGCCAGCUGUGUCAGGUAUCUGCACUCUCACAGUGUUCCCGUGGCGUGGUGGAGCACUCAGGUGUCUCGUUUGCAGAUGUGAGGCUGACAGCCAGCAGGUGCAUCUUAUUCUCAAAAAUGUUAAAAUCUGUGCUGAUAAAGGAAGAAUUGUGUGUGCUGGGUAAGAAAUGCCAGAACUCGCUUUCCCAGAGGCACCUGGGGGGCUUUUUAACCACAACCACAAAAUCUCUACUCCGUGUUAGAAUACAUUUCCGUGUAAAGACAAAUGGUUCUCUGGACAUUCUACUGUUAUAACCUUUCAACUCUUCACUACUCUGCAAACAACCCUUGACAAAGUUUUACAUUUAAUGUUGGUCAGUUUGUUUAAUGCACAUUUGAGAGACUUUUUGUGCAUUUGUAUAAACCUGCUAAUAAUAAUAAUGAGGAAUGUGUCAUCCUGAAUACAAACUGUCAUACUUUACAUCGUCUCUCCCCUUUUUAUCCAAGUCUAUUUUGAAAAAUGGGGGACUUUGCAAACUGGAGUACCAGCAGUGACUCCAGAGAGUCAGCACUGUGCCACCGCGACACCGCAGUCACCCACCUGGUCUUCCCAGUGCUCUACAUGCUUCUGCUUGUCUUCCUGCUGGGACUCACACUGAACAGCCUGGCUAUUUGGGCUUUCUUCCAUAUUCCAAGUACAUCAACUUUCAUUGCCUACCUGAAAUAUAACUUAGUAUCUGACCUUAUAAUGACUCUGAUGCUUCCCCUGAAAAUCCUAACAGACACUGGCCUGGGACCAUGGCAGCUGAAGGCCUUUGUCUGUUGCUUUUCAGCCAUAAUAUUUUAUGACACCAUGUAUAUUAGCAUAGUGCUCCACAGACUCGUUGCUUCUGAUAGGUUUCUCAAGAUCACGAGAGCUUUCGGGAAGUUCUGGGUGCAACAAGUAAGUUCAGCAAAGAUCCUCAUGGGUCUGGUCUGGCUCUUCUUCCUGGUUCUCUCUGUGCCAAACAUGAUCCUACUGAACAAGAAAGCAACACCACAGCUGGUGAAGAAGCGUGCUUCACUGAAGAGCUACCUUGGACUCACUGUUGAUUACAUCUGCCAGUUUGUCUUCUGGGCCGUCCUCAUUCUUAUGCUUCUAUUUUAUGUAAUUAUUGCCAAAAAGGUGUACAAGUCUUACUUGAAAACAUGAAAGAAAGAAAGCAAAAAGAAACAAAGGGUCAAGGGGAAAGUAUUCAUCAUUUUCACUGUGUUCUUCUGCUUUGCCCCCUUCCAUCCCUACAUGCUGAGUCAAACGACAACCCAGAUGGACUGCUGCCUGCAGAAUCAGCUUUUUGUUGCUAAGGAGAGCACUCUUUGGCUAGCUGCCACAAACACCUGCAUGGAGCCUUUGAUACAGGUGUUCUUGUGCAAACCAUUCCUAGCAAAAACGCUAUGUGGGAAAGUAAACACACUUCAGAGAACAGUUCAUACAAACCCAAGAACUGAACUGGACGCAGGAACCUUGGCCAUCGAAUCUUGAUUCUGUAGCUUUGCACUCUGGAGUCUUUGUACAUCCACGGAGAAAUUAAGAAAUUUGUUUCACUGCUGCUGUAGAAAACUGAAGGAUGGUGGUGCUGUAAUGCUUAAUAAAAGGGCAGGCUGGAUUUCCAUAUUUAUGCUCACUCCUUACCACGACAGGUGGAAAGCUACCCCCCCAAACUGCCAGCUGAUCUGACACAGGUCUUUCCCCAAGCUGUUCCCUUUCUCAUUGACACCCCAUCAGUAACCAAAGCUGGGGAAGCCCAGCAGUGUUUGAGAUGUGCCCGCCUGGCCACAGUGCCACUGCACUCAUAUCACAGAGACGUGUAUCGCUUCAGAUCACUAACGACUUCACAGCUGUAACCACAUCAUUCUGAACUGCCCGCAUCAGUGAUGCAUAACACUGAUCAGCUUGUAGCCCCGCACUGCUGGUGCUGUGCAGGUAACAAGAGCAGAAGCUUUUCUGAUUUGGUCGAUAAAUCACAUCCACUCCACGUAGUACAAAUGGUUGUCUAUGAAUUAGAGUACCUUCAUAUCACUUAAGAACAAGCUAUGGCAUAACUUUAUCUGCUUCACACAAAACAAGCAAAAAAAACAACGUUUCUUAUUAACACUUCACAGCUCAGUGGCUACAGCUGCUUCUAACAAUUAAGCUUUAUUUGGAGCAAAACCCAGAAGAUCUCACCCCGGCGCCAGGCUGGCUGGCAGGGCACGGAGUGGGGAAGAGAAACCACACUUGGCAGAGGGAAGGAGGCCAGGCUCCCUGUCCCUACCCACCUCUGACACAACUACCUUCCUGCCGCCUACCCAUUUCCUCACCCUUCCUCUCCCCCCCUAAGAGAAGUUAGCAGAGGGCACUGUGGCUCUGCAGCACCUCAGUUCCUGAGCAGCCGCCAAGGCUGGGCCAGCAGAGGCCCCAGGACUGCAAAGGGCAACUGCUCAGGCGACGUGGUGCUGCAGAAGCAGACACAGCAAAACACCACCACUUGUUCCCUUCCAUCGGCCUUGCUGCUCGCUGUAACUCCCCUGACACCCCUACACCCCUACUGUUCAGUGUAUCCCUGCCACCCCCCUACUGCUUCCUGUGCCCCCACCACCCUUCCUGCCCCAUCACAUCACAGUGCGGGCUCAAGGCACUCCCACCUGGUUACACCACAGGGAGCCCAGCACCAUGCCCAGAUGUCCCGGAGAGCCCAGUGCCGUGCUGAGACGCACCAGCCCUAUUGCAAACUACCCUUCUCAGGCUCUUACCAGUCUGGUGCUCACCUCAUAUGCCAGAUGCUAUGACUACCACUCAAUUGCUGGUUUUAGACUGUCUAUUUACAGCAGCAUAAUGCACUCGCACAGGUUGCUCCAUAGAGCUUGAUUUUUUCAAAGUUGUCUUUAGAUUAUUGCAUAUAAUUACGUGUGUCUGUAGGACUCCCUGUCUCUACCACACAGCUGGAUGCAUCACUCAGCAAUUUCAGCUCAUUGUAUCUCCUCCACUAGGCACAGUGGUGCUUUCUUUAAUGCAAUACUCAUUUACAACUGGAAACUGAACUAAUCCCCAGCCAGCUUCCAAUUGGUUCUGCACUGCUCUACAGAUCAGUGUUUUCUCAAAUAGUGCCUUCUCAGGAUUAAAUACUAUUCAGGAAUUAAUUUCUCUCUCCCCCCCACCCACAGUGUUUAAGAGGAUUAAUUUGGCUACUUUAAUUAAAGUGAAUAUACUAAAUUCUCAGCUGUUAAAACACUCCCUGCUUUAGCAACUGCCUGAAGAAAUGCAUGUUUUACUGCUCGGAACACAGCACAGCACUCCUAUUAAUGCGUGCACACCGGCAGCCUGUGCCUAUGGGUGGGCAUAGCCACAAAAUGGGCAGGGGUGCUCCUCAAGCAAGGGCUGUGCUGGAGGUUCCCGAGGAGCCUGAGUCAUCUGCUCUGCUGCAGCCUCUCAGGAUGGCAGUAAGCAGCCCGUUCCCAAGGUCUGCCGCAGGGAAAUGCUCGCUGACUGGGAGGACAGGACAUCGCGUUGAUCUCAUUGAUCCGCUUCCAGGAGAAGCCCCCUGAAUUCUAAUAGUCUGACAGUUUUGACAGUUUUUAGAUCCCUGCCGCCAGACAGAACUAAGAAUACCUCAGCAUUUCAAUCUCUCCUUUUUUGAGGCUCAAAAAACCAGCGCAAUGCUGUUUUAUCUCUCCCACAAGCAGAGGUGAGCCCUGAGCUCAGACCUGCCCCACGGCGAGCGGCCGGCAGCAGCACAGCAGCAGGGCCGCUGGUGGGGCUCUGCACGGCUCCUCAGUGCCAUCUGGGAAUCUGUCUCAUUCCCACAGUGCUUACGGCAUGCUCAGAACAACAGCUGCUAUUUUUCCAAAUCUGAAUUUCCCCCAGCUUAACCCAGAAAGGAGCUACUGAGGUAUGACAGCAGUUACACAGCACAGAGCAAAGCUGCACCAUCCUGACCUGGCACACACAGCCCAUCAUCAUCGUGAUGCAGCACCGAGGCUUUUUCUUUUCACAGCCAAGUUUGCAUUUGCUUGGCUCAUCUACAGUCCAGAUGAGAAGCCCCCACAGCCCAGAAGUGGGAAGGCUGGCAGCAGGCCUUGGACUUGUUUGGACAAAUGAGCCUCCCAGGCUCUGGUUUCCCAUGAAAACUACUGACACUCGUUCUAAAGGUUUCACAGGUUGCUGGGUUCCAGAAGGGGAACCACAGGGCACCAGGAAGACAAGUUUUGUAGGAAAUGCAUCUUCUUUGGGUGCACAAAGGCUAGUGGAUGUUUCUUUUUAUUUAUUAGUUUACUUGCUUCUAUGAAAAAGAGAAAGCCAUUGCCAAAGACACCUACAAUUUAGCCUUCCAGAUUUUGAAUCAGAGGGACAGUAAGCUCAUUCCUGAACAUCUCAGGACAAAUUUUGCACUUCACACAUGUCCUGACAUGUAGUGGUGCCCAGCACCAAUACAAACCCCUCCACCAGCACUUCUGUGACUCAGUUUUGAGAAAGCUCUCGUGAUACAUGGCAUACUUCAGUUCACUUGGAAUACAGAAAGAAAAUUUGCAUUGUGAAUAAGAGCUGGGAAGCCAAGCCCAGCAGCCAGGAUACUCCCCGUAUGACUGUUCAUGAGCAAGCAGGGCCAGCAGGUUGCAUGUGAAGACUGCAGGCUCUCAAACUGACUUCUGGCCCCAGAAGGGAUCAUCAGCCAGAGUGUGCAGCUGGAGAGACCUACAGCACAGCACAAGGAUGGAGAAAGAAACGAGCUUUCUGGAAGUGAGUUCUUAGCUCCUUUCUUAGCUCCCUGCCUUUCAGUGGCAGCCACCAAGCAGGGGCUGCAUCAGACCUAGGAAAGGAGGUGCUGGAGGCUCCCAAGACAUUUCCAGAACUCAGCACCUCCUGCACACAGGAGCACGGCACACCAGGCGUCACACCAGUGCUGCAAGCUCUCAGAAUUCCACCAUUUUCUCUUUCUCAAAAAAGAAAAAGUGAUUCUCAUUAUCCGGGUGGCUAAUCUGCUUAAAAAGUAAGCCCACAGCCUGUACUGCCAAUGCGAUAGUAAAGGAAUUUUACAGUAAAGCAACACAAUAAUUACUGUAAUAAAGUUGUUCAGACUCUCAUGUCAUCCGAGAAUUGCUCAGUAACCAUUAGAACACAAGAAGGGACAUCCAGCCUUUGAGUUAUGACAGAGUUACAGGUCAGCCCUCGGCGUCUCAGUGUACCACAGCCCCACAUCUCGUUGGCGCUGCUUUUACGUAAGCUCCAUCCACAGCAUCUCCCUUCUGUGUGCAGACCUGCCUAGACCUGCUCCCACCUGAGAACCACCACACAGCUUCUUCAAUUUAACAGCCUCCUGGGGAUGCUGCAGCAGAGCUUAUUAAUUCAUUUGGCUUUACUAAUAUAUCAAAACACAGAGAUUUUAAAGAAAAGUUGAUGUGCAAUCACACCACACUCAGGAAACAAGAAUAUAGGACACCAAGUACUGAACACUUGGAUCUCCUUAAAAAAUUGCUUUUCUUUUCCCUUUUUUUCUCCUCCCUCUUCCCCACAGUACUUCCCACAGCGCUGUUUAAGGUCCCAAAGACAUUCCCAGUACCGGAGAUGCCUGAGGUCCCAAAGCAGACACAGCAGCACGUGGCUGCCCACUGCUGUGGGCACAGGCACAGCAAUGCUGGGAGCACGACCAACACAUCUGGUCAGUGCUGAGCUCAGCGGUCCUUAGAGCAGCACAAACUCCAGAUACUGGAAUUCAGGGUUUUCAAACAUUCCAGAGAGUAUCUGUUGUGAAAAAAAUGAAUGGAAGAGGUAGAUUUCUCUUGCCAUAUUGUUGCAUGCAAGCAACAAGGACCACCAGUUAAUGUCGGAAUACCCAGCUCCUGAGAUCAGAUCACAUACUGCAGAAGUAUAACUUGUGUCCCUACCGGCUUCUUUUGCAUUAUCUGUUUUGCCUUGCAAAAGCUGGUCUUCAAAGAUGAACCUUGUCAAAAGUCUCCUGUGAUCAGGGACUGUAUCUGAUUAAGGUCCUGAGGCAAGUAGGAACCUUACAGAUUGCCCAGGAGUGAGCAGAGAGCAGAAACGUGAAAACGAUUGCAGGAUUCCCCUGCACACGCAGCCAGAGGAAGCAGUGCACCACGGGUAUGGCAGCUGGUGGGCCUGGCUCUGGCUCAGCAAGGCUCCAGGCAGCUGCCAAAGGAACCUGUGCAGAAGGCUCUGAUGUCAGAAAAGUAGGGCUGGGGGUUCCACCACCCACAGCUUGGGGGAAAAGAAAACAAAGUGUGCACGGAGAAGUCCAGGCGGAACAGACACAAAAAUCAAGGAAAUGUGAUGUGGCAGCCCCUGCUCUGGAAGUGCAGUUUGGAAGAUGAAUUUUUCUCCUGAAGAUUUAAUGGAGGGAGGGUGCUGUCUGUAUUUGUUUUCUAUUUACGAAGGCUACAGAAAUGGGAAAUCAAUCACUUCAUCCUUGACUGACACACAGCAAAACUGUCCCUUCUGUAACUGUGUCAGGGCUCAUUUCAGUGCUCCCAGGCACCACGUUCCCCUGCUCGGGACGCACACCAGGACUGGCAGCACCGCUCCGCAGGAGGCAGCGGGCCCAGGGUCCGCCUCAGAGAGCACGGGGACAGCAGGAAGCACGGAGCUGACAGGCAGUCCGGUCAUUUUAGCUGAAAUACUUAGUUACAGGCUUCACAUUUCACUUUCAUCCUACUUUUGGAUGAGAGAAUCUGUUCAAAGCACAACAUUAAAGACGUUUAAAUGCAGUCAAAUUAAUAACUGACAUGAUAAUCUUGAUUAGCAGGUAUUUGCAUCUACCCAGCACCAGAGUUUUCAGCCUCGCGUUCAGCUUGCGCUCACUGCACAGACAAACAGUCCUGGGAGGCACAGGCACGGCUGCACAGGUGGCAGCGCACAGCGCGCUGCCCGGGGCAGACAGCAGCCCACCCCUGGGUGAAUCACAGCUGCGUCCCAGGCCUGGGCUGCUCCGGAGCCGGGCGCGAGCGCGCUGCCUACCCGGCAUGUGAGUCAUUCCUGGGAAUGAGAGAGCCAGUUGCUCCAGUUGCUCCUGGCCAGGUGAAUUCUGCCUCUCUGAUCAGGUACCACAAAAAAAGGCGACUGGAAGCACAGAAGCUUACUUCCAGAUAUGGUUUAUUUAACCACCUUAGCACAAGAAAUACUCUCGUGACUGUUUUUAGUCUCAAGAUGCAUUUUGGAGGAGUCUGAGGCACUUCCGCGAUGCAGCUCGGAGACAAACGGAGGGCGACAGCGGGGACAGGUAAGUGAUUUCUGACCAUCUGAAAAGCUUUGAUAGGUUGCUCUGUACGUUUUCCCUUUCUUAGACACCCUUAACCGAAAAGAAAGAGGGAAUUAAGACAAAGUUGCUGAAAAAAAAUCAGACAGAGAAGCAUAAACUGAGGAUCAGUUAAAUUAAAAGCAGGAGGAAGUCUCAAGUAGUGAAAACUUCCAAUCUUGUAUUAAUUCAGUGGUGAAUGUUACUCGUUAUUUUUCUCCCAAGAGAAAAAUACAGAUUUCUACUAAUUAUUCCUCCUGAGAUACUAUUCAAAGCGCAAGAGGGCUUGUGGUUUUAAUGCCGUCCUUCCUGACACAGGUUAAGUCAUAUCGAGUAAGAUCCAGUAACCAGAACAUCUGAAUCUCUGUCCGAGGUUUGCAUUCGAUCCUUUUGUCCUCGUUCAGUACAGGAAAGCGUACUUGAAUUCUUUUAAUUACUUUGUACAGAAUAAAGGUUCUCUUCCUUCAUGCUUCACUCCGAUCAUGUUAAAACUUGUCCGGUUCACUGGAAAAACCACAUAGCUCUGAGCAGGCAAUUCACACCGAGUGUCGGAUCUGUCUCAACGCUCAGGAUAGGCACUUUCACAGACCUCUCUCGUGUAACAAGUAUUUCAGAUUGAAGUGGUUAUGCUCAGCAACAAAUAACUGAGAACAGCAACGCAACUAAAGGUUUUAUAUUUUACAGAAAUGGUUGCCAUAGGCAAGCUAUAGGGACGCAGAAAACUGUUUUCUCACUGGGCACGCUCGGUGUUACUCUCAUAGGGUUUCACAUAUCGUCCCAUCAUCUAGAGAAGAUUUUGCAAUCUUCCUUCACAAACAGGGACGCAUGGAGCAUUGGCACUGGAGCCAGCAGCCACUCGGGCCCAUCUGAGGGCCGCCGUGCAGCGAGCAGUGGAGGCAGAGCAGCCAAAGGGUGGGAGAGGUUUCAGGCAGAAAGCAUCUGUUUGCACUCGGGGUGCGUGGGAAGCAAGCAGCCGCUCUCACAGCACUGCGCCGGUUCCUGCCUGCCGCCCGCGGCUUUCCCUCCCAUCACGGCCUGCUGCCGUCUCACCCUCGUGCCCUCCCAGGCUGCCGGGGCAUCCCCAGGGCAGGGCGGCAGCGGCAGGCAGACCAGCUCACCCGGUGCCCGCGGCCCAGCCUGUGCCGGCACGCAGCCCCGCAGCACGCAGCCUGCUGGGCAGGGCCGGGCUCUCCCAGCCCAGACGGCCGAGGCGGCCCUUUGCUCCUGUGCAGGCAGUGGGGGGACGCCCAGGCCGGCCAUGAAGAACUCCAGGUGUGCUGCGUUUGUGAGAGUUCUGGGGCUAGGCGAAGAUGCGCCCAACAGGAAUUGAGGUCCGCAGCUACCUUGCUGCCAUCACACCACAUCCCUGCCAGGGGACCAGGCCAGAGCUGCUCACCCAGAGCUGCCAAAGCAGCACAGCAGGAUUUCAGCACUUCAUUCCCACAUCUCAGCUGUCUCAGCCCUUCCUGCCAUUACACAUCCCUGUAUCUUCUUAAAAAAUAAAACCACAGGACAUGCGCUAUGAGGAGCAGGCUUAAAGGUCUGAUCAACCCUGAACCUGAAAGGACACCAUCACAGCAGCACACUGCUUCUUGCUUUUCCUCGGGAAAUGCUGCCGGCACACCCAGGUGAGAGCAGUGAGCGCAGCCCAGCCCGGCCCGCAUCACCCUCACACAGCACCGCCGCCAUGGGCACAGGGCCGGCAGCUCCUACAGGACACAGUGCUGCCAUUCCCCACACGUACCUUUUCUUGGCUUUGUUGCCAAACGUGGUGAGCCCAUGCUAGCAAUGUGCAUUGAAGCACAGAAAAACCCAGCUGACUGCAGCAGAUGUGGAUUUCAUCCUUUUGUAACGGGAACUAGCACCGCAUAUAAAAGAAAUAGAAAUUUUGAUGCAAAGUAAAAAAACAAAAAAAAAAGCCUGAAAGUGAGUCUAGAAUGACUUCAAACGCCAGUUGGCAUUGCCUACAUGUAUGCAUCAGCAUUUUAUUCAGAUCUUCUUGCAGCAUUCCCUGCAGCACCUGGGAGACAUGGCCAGCACGCAGUGGCCAGAACUGUGCCACACAAUCACAAACCUUAAUCUUUUUUUGACCUAGACAACAUCUUGAUUGUAUUUAAAGUUCCGUUGCAAGUUUUUCAAUCCUGUUUCCCAUCGCACAGAACCAACAUCCACACUCACAACGCAGUACUAUUCAGCAGAGGCUCCCAUGCCCACUCGAGCAGACAUCCCCCAACAAAGGGCCACCAGCCUUCACUCUCUGCCAGAUCAGUGUGUUUCUAACAGCUUCUUAACACGCAGAAGACUGACUAUGGGAUAACAGCACACAGGAGGAACAGCUUAUGGAACGACAGGAACCCUCUGACAGUCAGACAGCUGCUGCUACUCUGGGCAGGGAGCUGGAUCAGACCAUCUCCAGAUAUUUGUGCCUUCCGACCUCACCUAGCCUAUGAUUCUGGGAAUGGGGCCCUCCUCUUGAAGGAGAGGGGGAAAGAAGAAUAUAUAUUUCUACAGUUAUCAGCACAACAGCGGUGGGCACCCAGGAGGGGCAGCUGAAAGGCAAAGCAGACAUACAAGCUUCCGGCAAGAAGGGAAAGGCAUGGAACUGAUCUCCAGCAUCACCCACAUCACUGCCAUCCAUCCUGCUGACAUCACGUGGGAGAUCAGAAACAAUGUGUGGAGAGAGGAAGGAGCCAAGGCCAAUAGCACAAGGAUGAAGAUGGUGAAGACUCAGGAAGGAGGGUGCUCUUCUAAUUGCCAUAUGAGUGAGAGAAAGCAGUGGCAGGUGCAGGAGGAACAAGGGAGAGGGGAAACAGUGCAUGCUGUGCCAUGGCGAGGCCGGCAGCAGCCUGACUGCACCUCACAUGGCAGCCCCUAACAGGGGCUCAGGGACAGCUACUUCAAUGGGCUACAGCAUGGCUUCUGCUAUCAGCAGGUUCUGCACAAGCGAAACAACCCAGCAGCAUCUUCUAGACAGAGACAAAAGAAACACUUCAGAGCUAAUCCCUUCCCCCUGCUUAAUUAGAGGCUGCCAUUCCAAGAAACAUUCAUUAUCCCAACUGUGUCAACCACUGCAUUGUCCUCCCUUCGUUUUCAGGGGAAAAAAAAAAAAUCAGAAUUGCAACACCUCACUCCUCUGCCACCAACAGCCCUUUACCUGCAGCCCAGUGUGGGGCCUUUCUGCUGCCAAUUCUCUCCUAAACCCUCAUGUAAAAGCAACUGCAGCCUAUAAGAGAGAUGCCUGAGCACAACAAUUCAUACCACACUGCUUUAGAACUGGCAAAAUGCUGGCCACCAAAGAACCAAUGCCGAGGAUCCUGUUGCUCUCCCUCCCAUUUUCUGAGUUCAGCAGGCUGAAAAUCUCAACAGAAAAGUUACUGAUCUGGGUGCCCACAGUCCUUGAGGCACACGGCAGCCCACAUUCAGCAGAGCUAAAAGUAUCUGCUUCAGAAAGUUACCAUUGAGCAAAACCAAAGAAAACAGCAAUCAGUAUUUGAGAUGAGGAUCUGCAAGGCUUAGAACUACUGAACUUCAGUUCUGCUUUACCAGUCCAUCCUGUGCUACAGACAAUACACAGCCAACCACUAUAGCCAGUCUGCCAGCUGCAAAGCACAGCACAACAGAGCAGGACCCAUCCUCAACAUGGCAGCUGUGACCCUGAUUCCAGAUCACAAAAGAUGCAUAUUCUUCUUAUUAAUGCAACUGAAGAUCUGAAAGCAUUUCUUCAGCAUCUCUUAGGAACCCUUAUACAUAUUUAAGAGGAAAGAGAACUCAAGCAUCUUUAGGUGCAGCAAAUGAGUUGCCAAAAUAGACAGCCUUACACCAAAGACUAACAACCUCUGCUAGGAUUCGUAACCUGUGCAUGGAAAAUCUGACUCAAAGUAAGCAAUGUUAAUCCAUGAACUUUUAAUGAUCUCAAAAGACAGAAAAAUUAAGGACAAACUUGAUAAUUUGGGCAGCAACCCGAACAGGCUUCACAUCAGACACAUCCCACAUACUGGAAAAUUAGGGUUCAUAAUCAUUCACUUGAAAUUAAUAUUAAAAAAUCAUUUGGACAAAAUAUUCCAAAAUUGAUGUUUAGAAAAUAAGAUAUACAUAGAUAUAUAUGUAUUUUUAAACUAAAGAAAUCACAUUAUGCUAUAGGUAUGGCCCUACCCCCUGCUGAACUUAAUAUUUGGUGGCAAGAGUGGCAAACAGAGAAUUUUGCAUAUAAGCAGCAUUACUGACUCCCACUGCAGCAUCCUGCUGCACUGCUGCACCCACUGCAGGCCCCCCAGAAACUGUACAGCAGAACAGAGUUACAGGCACAAGCUGAAUGUGACGUUAAGGAGUAUCUGCAAUAAAGCAAUGCCAAAGGCUGCUGCAGAAAGCAGAAAUGAGCAAUGGAGCUGGAUACUCAGACACAUAUGCGCUGUACUUUUACCUUUAUGGCAAAGGAUUAAGGAGGACUAACACAAGCUUGAGCAACUGACAUGAGAAACUUUAAUUUUCCCAGGAAUAGCUUAUGGAGGGUUUUUCCCACAGCCAGCUCCUGGGCCGAGUGCUGUGAGGACAGAAGGCCCUGUUAGCAAUGGCAGGGACCACUCGCCCACAGCAGGUACGGCUCGCUGUGUGGUGCAGCCUUCACCAGGGCUGGCAGCAGGCUUCGCUGAGGACAAGCGGAUAGCAGAGGAUAGGCUCUCAGCCAGGAGCUCUCCCGCUGGCAGCAAUCUGUACCGCAGCUAGCCCAGAGACAGGGCUGCUGCUCACAGCUGCUGAAAGAAGCCUGGGAUGGAGGGGAACUUCCAGGAGGAACCUAGAAACCAAGAAGUGGGUUUUGUAUUAGACACUGAGGCAGACGUGAAGCUCUCUGAGCCAAGGCACUGGUUCCUGUUUCUGGGUAUGACUAAGCUGCCAGGCACUGGAGCCCACAGCUGCAGUCAUACCUUGCUCCUGUUUCUUAGCCUCUUGAAGUUCAGUCAGGGUGGCAAUGUGUCUGCUUUACGCAGAGCUGCCUGCACGCCUCCUGGGAAGGCAGGAAUGGGGAGCAGCAAGUGCAGAGCCCAGGGAGGGUGCUUUCAGUCUCCUCCCUGCCAGCACACAUGGGAGCAGUUCCAGUCAGAGGCAGCCAACAUGUACAGCUGGCUCGGCCUGAAAUACAAGCAGUUGCAUGACCUCACCAGCACUCAGCCCACAGCAGUGGGCACCCAAUGCCAGGUGUGCUGAAAUGAUGCAGGGAGGGAAUGGAUGGAGGUAAAGAAGAGGGCGGGGAUGCAGGCCCUGUACUACUGCUUGCCAGCUGGCUGCAGCAGUAUGCACAAAUGCUCUGCGGCCUGCGCUAAUGCUUUUUCUUCUCCCUCACAAAUCUUUACAAUUAAACAAGUCAGUGAUUUUGCUCUGAUGGGAACAGAAAAGAACUUAAGUACAGUCAGUCAAGAGCAAAUUUACCAAACUGCUUCGCGUUUUUUCUGCUCACAUUAGUUUUGCCACUUACCAGACCUUAUGCUGACAUGCAGUGAGUGGCAUACUGAGCAGCUGUGCUCAGGUAACCAAGCAUCACUUAAAGCCCUGCAGCUCUAUAAACCAAAAUCUCUGCUCAACCUCACAAAGAAAGUUUUCUAACUUUUAAGGAGUUGUAAAUAAGAGAUGCAAGAAGAUUAAUUAGAUGUGACGGUAUUGAAUUUCUUCAAAUAGUGAGGCAACCCAAAGCCUUACUCAUUAGAAAAACCAUACAGUCAUUCUCUACCCAUCUGGCAGUGAAAUCUACCGUGCAGACUACUACUACUUCACUUCUCAUCUGAGGCCAUCGCAGUCAGGCACGUAAACCAGUCUGUCAACAGUGGCAGCAGAACAUUACCUCAUCAGUGAAACAGCGUGUGCUUAACCUACAUUUGCUGCAACUGACAGCCUUUAGGGGAAAGAAAGAAAAAAACAGCCAGCCAAGUGCACGAGCUACAGAGAAGAAGGUAUGUACUUGGUUUAAAAAUGUACAUGAAAUAAAGGAAUAGCUUCCACUGCAUCUUCAGAAGAACCCAGACAGAACGUGUUUCUAUGGAAGCAUCAGGCUGGAGGUUGGAGAAACACAGGAUGAAAUUGGUCAGAAGAGUAUGAAGAACAGGACGAAGAGUUAAAAACCAACCUUGUCCAGCACAGAAAUACCACAUCCAAUACCGCAAGUAAAAAAGUCACUACCAGAGCACAUUGCCAGAGUACAAUCACAAAAUGUCUUAAAAUAUUCUUUAACCUUCUUUGUACUCCUCAAGUCUGAAAUGCAGUGGUAUUUUCUGGAAAAGCCACAGCUUGCAGAGCCAAGGGAUACAAGGAACGUGCUCUGUCUAUCCCAGUACUUCUUAGUUUCCUGCUAAAGUCUAUUAAGCUAGCUAAGCACCUUCAGAUUUCUGAAUCUAAGCAGGAUCAUUUUUGUGUAUCCCAAAAUUUGUCAGACAACCAAUUCCAUGCAGUGGAGACUACUGUGACUGCAUCUGCUGCCCUCACCAACCUGCUUGUGAUGUUAAAGUUACAGAAUUACAACAGCAUAAGGGAAAGCCUGCAACACAUCACUGGGGCAGCCUUCGGCAGGUGUCAUCUCCAUCCUCCACCCCUUGCACGCAUAGAGGCUGCUGCUGAGCUCAGCUGCGCCAGCAAGGCAGGACACAAAGCACUGCCAAUGUGGUUCAGCAGUCACCGCUCUGUGACAGUAUUUGUGAAGAGUUUUCUGCUUUCUUCUGCCAACCAACACUUUGCUGGGAUUUUAUUUUAUUUUGGAACAUGUUUUAGUAUUAACAGCAUUAGCAAUAAGAUAACAGAGAGAAAUCCGUUCAGGUGCUCGAUCUAAUUGGCCUGCAGGAAGACAGAGCAGGGUCUGUCUUCCAGGGCGAUUUUUAUUUCCCUAGGCAGUUUGACUGCAGUCACACCUUCGGAGGCAAGGAAGAUACAUGUCGCAGGGUUCCCCCACAGCCAGUGCUGUGGGCAAGGAUGAGCCAGACCCCAUGGGUUCUGCUGGAAGAAGCACUGACUUGAAAAGUGUGAAAGAAGGGAUGCUUCUGCUCCCCUGCCCUGCUACACCUGGAAGGGACAGCAGAGCACAGUGAGCAAUCAGCUGGACUUCUCCUGCACACAUGGCUUUGCAGGCACUGGGACAAUGAGCACACAAGCACAUGCAUCACAGAGCAAGCAUAGGAGCUGCUGACAGCAUUGCACGCAACAGGCACAGCUAAGCUGGAGCUGCAGUCCGCUCCCCAGGGCAGUCAGGUAUGUGCCUGUGCAGGGAGAGCCCUCUGUGACAGUGAUUUCAACGUUUCUGGUCCGAGCAGCUGCAGUCCAUCCGCUGCAGCAGUUUUCACCUACAAGGUAACUGCCUAAAUCCCAGCACUCAGACCAGCAGCCCUGUGGCUCCAAGUAACAGCACCCACCAAAACAAACACCAUCUACAGUGAGGAAAGGAACUGCACCCUGAUGCACUCUGAGCAGGAGCCUGAAAGUCUCAGCUUGCCCCAUCUCUGCUGACAGCAAGCCCCAUGAUGCCAAUGGGAACUGACUGGCACAAGCUGGGAGGAGAGGCCAGUGGCUGAGACCACCAUGCAGCCAGGGACCCUUCUCAUAUGUGCCAAAAAACAUCGGUUCAUUCUCUGCUAUGAGUCAAGAGACGGAACUUUCGGAGAGUGCAGGUGCUGCUCCUGCACAAAGAUGCACUCACAGUCACUACAUGUUGUCAGAUCCAUACUGCCCCUUUGUGACAAUACUCACUUGAAGGAUGGAGGCAGAGGUGGAAAAGUUCAUGAGCUUUUUGUAACAGGAUUUACAGCAAUUCCUUUCAGGACCUGGAGUAAGUGACAGCACACAAGAAGCACAGACCUGACCCAGUGCCAUUGAACCCCACAGCAUUCCCCAGUCACUGAAUGGGCACAUGGCAGCCACCAGUUCCUGCCUCACCCAGUGGGCAGUGGGACAGCAGGGAGCCUUCUGGGGACCGGGCAACAGGCAGGAAAGGAGCCCUGAGAAACAGGGAAAUAAGCGUCUUAUUUGCCUAAGACAGAGAUAUGCAUCUUUUUAUAAAAUCACUUGUCCUUUUGAUCUCUGUGCCUCCUGGGCAAAAAAGAAUAGCUGUGGAUUAUAAACAACAGUAACAGAGCAAUAGGGACUUUUCUUACUCCCUAGGAAGACGACUACUGCUUCUCAGCAGAAGACAAAACAAAAUACCUAAAUUACUUUCGAUGGUCUCAUUAGGAGCCAGAAUUUGUAAACAAUGUCAGACAAAAAGCAGCUAAACUGAGAAAAAAGCUUAAAAACAGCAGAAUUACAUUUUUUUUUUUUUUUAACCAGAGCUUUAAAACAUAAUGAUUUGCUUUACUGCCACCUAGUGACAAUUUGAAACUUACAGAGUCACAGAGAAUCCUUAGAGUUGGAAGGGACCUUGAAAGAAAGAACUUGUUCCCUUCCUGUGUCAAGCUCAGAUCUGCACAAGGGCUCAGUAGUUUUGUCCAUUGCUCAUCCCCGUAGGGGAGGUAGUCAGGGCCAGUGGAACAGCUGAGACCUGAGCCAUUUAGCUGCAGUCUUCUUAUCAAAACUAACAAACAGAAAAGGAAGCAUGGAAAAAAAUACUGCACUUGCAUGAUACAAGAAUCAAUAAUCUGCAGUGUUGCCUUACAAACUGGUAUCACCAGAUUUCUUUGAGCAAUGCCAAACCAUUAUCAUGCCUUCACAGCACACACUGGGUUCCACAUUUUCAGCCUCACAGUACCUGGUGCCCGUGAUUCCCUGGCACUGAAGGGCUGCCCCGGGGCUCCCUCUAACUUCUAUUUUUCCCCCAGAAUGUAACAUUGGUGCUGCCCACACCAAGGCCUGGACCCGUGGCUGCCAGAGGGACUCCUGAGGCACCUCGGCCGACAACACACCACAAAUAAUGGGGUACAACCUGUCCUAUGGACCGCCACCAGGUACAGUCAGGAACAGCAGCUCAGUGUCACCAACACUGCCUCCAACGUUCAGAUGAGUCCUUUUGAAAGAGGCCUUCAGUAUUCUGCCACAUGCAGCCCCAUGGGCUUCAGUCCUGGCUUACCAGCCAAGACAAGGUGCAAACAUUUUGGGUAAAAAAAAUAAGUGAGAUAAUGUAGAAGAGCCUGCAGUUUGUUCACAAACACUUGUACACAAAAUCUUAAAACCCCCAGAGAAUGUGGUUUUUAAUUACAUUAAAAAGUAAAUUAAAGUAAAGUAAGUUUCAAAUUAGCAUUUGAAUAGGCUCAAAGAUACCCUCCAGAGCCCUGUUUCUGGGUAACUGGAUGGACAGAGCUCUGCUGCCCCUUUCCAGCAGGAAGCAGCACCGCUGUGCUCACACCGUGUGCUGUAAUGCACCGAGUUCAGCAGCGCUGAUUUGACUGCUGCUUUUAGUGGCUGAGCAGCAGCCCAUGGGGCUGCCCAGGGAGGUGACAUUCUAGAGUUCUUCAUCCACCGGACACCACGAACACUCUAACGCUGCUCUCACCCCACAGAGGAGCACCUGAGCACAGUUGCCAGCGCCGCCCCCAACCGCUCUGUGGGCCCCC